AUGUCUGUUGAAACUGCUUUGUCCUACGCUGCUUUGAUCCUUGCCGACUCUGAAGUCGAAAUCUCUUCUGACAAGUUGUUGACUUUGACUAGCGCUGCUAACGUCCCAGUUGAAGCUAUCUGGGGUGACAUCUACAGCAAGGCUUUGGAAGGUCAAGACUUGAAAGAAUUGUUGGUCAACUUCAGCGUUGGUCCAGCUGCUGCUGGUGGUGCCGCUGCCGCUGGUGGUGCUGCUGCUGCUGAAGGUGCAGAAGCUGCUGAAGAAAAGAAGGAAGAAGAAGCCAAGGAAGAAUCCGAUGAUGACAUGGGUUUCGGUCUGUUUGACUAA